AUGGGGGUUUCUGUGACUGUGGGGACAUGGCGGCGUGGAGAUCUGGUCCCUGCUGUUCCUUGCACAGCCCCUUGGUGUCGGUAGCGAUCCUCACAGAACUGCUGAGUGUCAGGACCACCAUCCCAAACACACCAGUGCUGUGUGGGAAACGCUUCCAGAUUGGAGAGAUGAUGUACUACUGCAGACAGUGUGCUGCUGACCCAGAUACCCUGCUGUGUGCCGACUGUUUGCAGAGUGGUAUACACAGAAACCAUCAGUUUGAGGGAUGGAUGUGUUCUGAACCCGGUUGGUUCUGUGAUUGUGGAGACGCAAAGGCCUGGAGAACCGGAACCAGCUGCUCAAAACACACAUCCUCUGGCCAGACUCCCAAUCCAGCCUCCUCUCGCCAAACUCCCAAUACACCGGCGUCUGGCCAGACAUCCAAUGCAUCCUCCUCUUACCAGAGUCCCAAAGCAUCUCCCUCCUUUCUGCAGACACGCAAUCCACCUUCGUCUCGCCAAACUCCCACUCCAUCCUCGUCUUUUGCGAGUAACAAUGCAUCCUCCUCUCCCCAGCGUUCCAAUGUGUCCUCCCUUCUCAGAAGUAACAAUCUAGCCUCGUCAUUCAGGUGUAAUAAUUCAUCCCAGAGCGCACCCUCCCCUGUCAGCCCUAACACAGCAAAGACGUCCACCUCUGCCCGCAGUCAGGCAACUCGCACCCAGAUCCCACCAUCAUCAUCAUCAUCAUCAUCAGCAGCAGCAGCUGAGGCUGAGGAGGUUCUUUUGAAAUACAUAAAGGACAAUAAUACAGUUGGAAGGAGCAUCCUAGCUGCAGACAAAUCUCUCUCACAGGCCCAGCAGAAGGCAGAGGCUACAAGUGGCCUGAGGGUGGCAGUGCAGGGCAGGUGUGGAAGUGUGUCCAGAGCUGGCGAGACCAUCUACUCCUGCAGGUCAGAGCAUCUGCAGACCCCAAGCACUGGCAGGAGGCAGGAGGUGCCCCUUCACCAACAUCCUGAAGCAUCCCUUAAAGGAGCCACAGUGAACAUGAGGGAGCCGGUAUGUCUGAUUGAUACGGGGCGUGACGGGCGCAUGAGUGUCCACCAGGGAGCACUGCAGAUUCUGGAGCAGAUCCAGCAGCCGGUGGUGGUGGUGGCAGUGGUGGGGCUGUACCGCACAGGGAAGUCCUACCUCAUGAACAGACUGGCUAGGAAGCAAGCAGGCUUUGCCCUGGGAAGCACCAUCGAGUCCACAACCAAAGGCAUCUGGAUGUGGUGUGUGCCUCAUCCCAUCAAAGAGGGACACACCCUGGUGCUGCUGGACACAGAGGGACUGGGAGACGUGGACAAGGGUGACGAGAAACAUGACACAUGGAUCUUCUGUCUGGCUGCUCUGCUAAGCAGCACUCUGGUCUACAACAGUUUGGGAACCAUUGAUAACAUGGCCUUGGAGAAACUGCAUUAUGUGACAGAACUGACAGAGCACAUCAGGGUGAAGUCCUCUGAUCACAGCAAGAACACAGAGCUGAUGCGCGUCUUCCCUUCCUUCGUGUGGACAGUCAGAGACUUCACUCUGGAGCUGGCGUUGAAUGGCAGACCCAUCACUGCUGAUGAGUACCUGGAGAAUUCCCUGAAGCUGAAACCAGGCUCCUCCUCUGACGUAUCCCGACGCGACCUUGUGCGGCAGAGCCUUAGAGAGUUCUUCGCCGUGCGGCGCUGCUUUGUCAUGGAACGUCCGGCCAGUGCAUCAAACAUGAGGCGCAUGGAGCAGAUGACUGAUAUUGACCUGAACCCCAGUUUUGUAGAGCAGGCAAAGGAUUUCUGCAGCUACAUCCACCAGCAGGCCCAGGUGAAGACCAUGAGAGAAGGCCGAGGACUGACCGGCAGGAUGCUGGGCAGCCUGGCAGAGACGUAUGUGGAGGCGAUCCGCAGUGGAAAGGUGCCGUGUCUGGAGAGUGCUGUGGAGUCGCUGGCAGUGAUUCACAAUAGCAGAGCUGUUGCAGAGGCUCUGGAGUUCUACCAGGCACAAAUGACCCAGAAAGUGCAGUUCCCCACAGAGACACAGGAGGCGCUGUCUGAGGUCCACACUUCUGUGGAGUAUCAAGCUAUUAGCAUCUUCAUUAAGGCGUCCUUCAAUGACCAGGAACAGCAACAUCAGUUCAAGCUGAAGAAUGACAUAGAGAAGGAGUAUGAGAGGUUUCUGGAGAGGAAUGUGUCCGAGUCUCAGAGGCUGUGCUCAUCUGUGAUCUCACAAGUUUUUGGCCCGCUGGAGAAAGCGCUUGAGCAGGGUUCAUACAUGAGGCCUGGAGGAUACCAGGCAUAUCGAGAGGCGCUCAGACAAGGAGCUCAGCUCUACAGAUCAACCAAACGCAAAGGAGUCGUGGCUGAGGAGGUUCUUUUGAAAUACAUAAAGGACAAUAAUGCAGUUGGAAGGAGCAUCCUAGCUGCAGACAAAUCUCUCUCACAGGCCCAGCAGAAGGCAGAGGGCAACUUCCACACUGGUGACCCCCGACGUUUGUUUACUGGACGUAUCCAGAUCGACAUGACCGCCAACGCUGUGUCUCUCAAGCUCCCCGAGUUCUGGGAAUCCUCUCCCUCAGCCUGGUUCGCUCAGACUGAGGCACAGUUUGCCUUGCGUCAGAUUACCGCCGACGAAACGCAAUACUACUACGUGGUGUCUGCCCUCGGAAGUUCUACGGCGUCGAGAGUGGGCCAGUAG